UGAAGUUGGGACUUCACUUGGUUGGACAGGAAGAAAGAGUCGCAAUUGUCAGCUGUGGUUGUGUUGUUGUAUAUACGUAAAUAGUGAUUAAUGACUAUUUCUCUUCAUAAUCCAUAUUAAAUAAGGAUUUCGAAGUUGAAAUGAAGAUUUAUUUCAUUCUUGCCUUUGUGGCAGUUUUUGCCUUCACGAGUGGGGUAUUUGUACCACCUCGUCCAGGACAUAAGAAACACAAUUUGGGUUCUGAAAGGUGCACAUGGGGACCAGGGUAUUGGUGUAAAAAUUUGACAACUGCUGGUGGUUGCCAUGCAGUCCGACAUUGUAUCGACACUGUCUGGGUUCAUCAGAAACUACCACCAGAUACCAGUAGCGUCUGCCAAAUAUGUCUGGAUAUGGUCAAGGAGGCCAGAGAUAAUUUAGAGAGCAAUGAAACACAGGAUCUUAUCAAACAGGUAUUCGAAGGUACUUGUAAACUCAUCCAUCUCAAACCCAUCGUCAAAGAAUGCGACAAAAUCGCCGACAACUUCAUUCCUGAACUCAUCGACACUCUAGCUUCCCAAAUGAAUCCGCAAGUCGUGUGCUCUGUAGCUGGACUAUGCAACAAUCAGAGAGUGCAGGAACUUUUGGCCGAAGAGAGCUCCACGAAAGUUGCUCCCGUCGAUCCUCCCAAUAAAUGUGAUGGUUGUCACAAAGUCGUGAACGUAUUGGAGGAGAAUUUCAGCAAAAUGACCCGGGAUGAGGUUCUGCACAGUUUCUUAUGGUAUUGUGGCAAAUUUGGAAGUUUUUCGGAUGGCUGCAGCAACAUUGUCAUAACCUAUUUCACUGAGAUUUACAACCAUCUUCAAGAACACCUGAAUCCGAACGAAGUAUGUCUUUUAUCUGGGGAAUGCAGUGCUCAAUUCCACACGCACGAGGCCAAAGUUGAAAUAACGCCAAUGUCCCACAUCGGAUAUGUGCCAGUCAAUCAGUACAUUGAAAUGGAACAGUUUUGUUUCACAUUUCAAGUCCAUGUAUAUCAAAAAUCGGCACACAGUAUUUCACCUAUUCAUUUCACAACUCAACUCGUGAAGCACCUCAAGGACUUAUUGAUCGCCAACACGACGGAGCUGGAAUUCAAGCAGGUUUUGGAAGGACUUUGUAAACAGACCGGGAAGUUUGCCGAAGAAUGUGGCAGCCUGGUGGAGCAGUACUAUUCGGAAAUCUAUAAUUAUUUGGUGAAUGGGCUGGAUUCCAAGGGAGUGUGUGCUGAUAUCGGAAUUUGUAACGCCACUGGAAAAGAGGGCGGAAUCAUAGCUCCUCUGCUACCACUCAAAACGUCAAAAUUAGCAGCGUCAUCAAAAGAGCAACCACCUCUCGUACAUGUCAAAUUGAAUCAGGAUACUUCGUCUGUCAGAAUUUUACCCAACCCACAACAGCAGCUACCCAUCGACUUACUAAUGCCCCCGCACACACAAAUUUUGUACAACAAGGAGGUCUGCGUUUUCUGCGAAUACUUCUUACAUGAAGUACAGGUGGCUAUCACCGACCCUAAGACAGAGGAAAACAUCAAGGAAGUGAUAGACAAAGCUUGCGACAAACUUCCUUCUUCAAUAAAUGCUACUUGCGUUCAGUUCGUCGAUAGCUACGAACCUGCUCUGGUUGCUCUCCUAGCUCAAGAAAUCGACCCUUCUCAGAUAUGCCCACUCAUCAAAGCAUGCCCCUCUUCAGGAAACAGAGACGUGGAGAUAUUUAUGCAAGCCGAAGGGAGCACCAAAUGCCCUUUAUGUCUUCUCACUGUUACGAAACUUGAGUAUAUGGGGAAGUCUGUGAAAACAAAGAAAAACAUAGAGAACGCUCUUGAUGAACUGUGUCUCGACCUGCCCAGCAAUAUGGUGCCUGAGUGUGAGGAUUUCGUAAAUACCUACACCGAAGAGUUGGUUGAAUUGAUCAUCAGCGAUUUGAAACCGGAUGAAGUCUGUGUUUUCCUGAAACUGUGCCAAGAUGACAAGCCUGCAAGUCCUCUGCCUCGUUUUGUUAUAAAGCACCUCAGCGGAAAUAUAG